AUGUCGUGUAGCCCGUCGUUGUUUGGUUCUGUGCGCCAGAGCAAGUUCCGCCAUGUCUUCGGGCAGCCCAUCAAGAAUGACUUGUGCUAUGAUGACAUCUGCGUCUCCCUCGUCACCUGGGACAGCAGCUUCUGUGCUGUAAACCCCAAGUUCAUGGCCGUGAUCGUGGAGGCCAGCGGGGGACGGGCCUUCAUGGUGCUGCCAGUGCUCAAGACAGGGCGCAUCGAUAAGUCAUACCCCACAGUGUGUGGGCACACGGACCCUGUCCUGGACAUCGACUGGUGCCCGCACAAUGACCAUGUCAUCGCCAGCGGCUCCGAGUACUGCACCAUCAUGGUCUGGCAGAUCCGAGAGAAUGGACUAACACAGCCCUUGACAGAGCCCGUGGUGGCCCUGGAGGGGCACUCGAAGUGCGUGGGCAUUGUCAUCUGGCACUCAACCACCCGCAAUGUCCUCCUCAGUGCAGGUACAGCCUCCCCUCCCCAUGAUUCUGCGGUUGCAGCGCUGCAUGUACUCCACCUCUCCGAGAGGAAUAGCGAGUAUUGCGCUGCCGCUGCAGCGCUGCGGCGCCAGUGUGGCCAC